UCAUCUAUUUCCCAUUUACCAACGACUUUGAUUGAUUUAUUGAUUAUCUAUUUAUCUAUUCACUUGAUCCAAACCAUCCCCCCGUCCCUAAGCGGUAUUCCCUUUACCACGAGGCCGCCCAGCAAAACCAAAUCAAAUCACAUCAAACCGAUCCAGCAUUAGACAACCAUUAGACAACCACACAGCCAUACAACCAUACAGCCAUUAAAAGGACUGCUUCACCCCUCCAGCUCUGACCAAGAAAGAUCCAGCCAAACGCAUCUGCAACCCACACUUCACUACCCUACGAAAGUCCACACACCACACCACACUACUCCAUCAGCACAGACCAUUUCCCAGACCCAAUAACCUACAUAAAUCAAGCAGACGCCUCCCCGGCCGCCAUCCAGGUGAUCGACAACUCCACAUUCUCCAUUCCAGUAAAUACACUACCAAAAUCCCUAACGAACCUACGAGAUUUGUCUGAUUCUCUUGAUCUCCAAUAUCCCACCGUCUUUUUGGCUCCGAUCCGUCUAUAUUAUAUCUAUCUAUAUAUUCAAAAAUCAAAGGGUUUCCGAAGAUAUACAAAAAGAUCAAGAUACGACUUGGACUCAAAAUAAUCUUUGCUCUCUUCCUUUUAUCCGAUUCUUCUUCUCUUGCUCUAUCUAUCACAAUCACCGAUCACAUCCACAAUCACAAGCAAAGAAAAACAAGUUACCAAAGAAGGAAUUAUCCCCACUCCCCAUUUUUCACUACUUGUUCCCUCGUUCCCUCGCCUCGGUUGUGCAUCUACCCGUCCGAACCAAAUACUUUUCACACGCGACAACGUGAAAUUGGUGAUCCAGAGCAAAAGUAAGGAGCCGUCAUCACUUUAAAUCCUUCAUCGUGGACUUUCCCAUAAUCUACCACGAUUAUCAUGGAGACCGCCAGCUUUACAGCUCGCCGGCCCGCCGCAUCCAAUCUUCCCAACUUCCAGCUUCCCCCUCCAGAACCCCUUGGAAUGCACCAUCACAAAUAUCAACAACAAUCCAACAACUAUAUUCACGGAACUACAAACAGUUCUUCCCAGCCUGUUCCUGCUGUCGCCAACAAUAUAUUAACGCCUCCCGCCGGCGUUUCGCAUGACGGCUUAAGUCCUCUUGCGUCCAGCGUUAACAGUGGUAGCUCGGGUAGUUCGACCGCCGGCGUACCUCCCUAUCAACCUUCGGCUUUCUGGCCAAAUACCCAGUCCGGAAACAACUUCACAUUUAGUUCUGCGCCACCGAUGAGUGCGCCUUAUGCUCAGCAACAACAACAACAAAGUUAUAUGAGUAGACCACUAUAUUCGCCCUCCAUGAGUAGCUAUCCAGGGUCACGAAUCCCUCAUUCUCCCACUUCAUCAGAAGGACUGCCACCACCUACCUUUGAGAGCCUUCCCCCAUUCUCUACCGGAGUCCCAAUGUCUGGUUCAGGUGGCCAACAACAAAAUCUCCCCACUCUUGCACCACAAAAUUCCCAGCAGCAACAUAUGACCAGUCACAAUCUCAUGAACCUUCAUCAAUCCUCCUCUCAAGCACCCCAACAGGGCAACGUGCCAGCUCCCGAUAACUAUGGCGGACGAGCACCUCCAACUCCAAAUUACUACCCCCCUUCAUCCACUCCUCAACAAUCAAAUUUCCCCGCCUAUGCCCAACAAUCACCUACACAACAAUCUCCCAAUACCUCCUCCGCCCCUUCUAACCGCAUUUCUCCCAUCCAAACUCAUCACUCGCAUUCUUCCAUGGGCGCACCUCACCAAGGUUAUCCUUCUCGUCCUUCAUAUCCACAUUACAAUCUCCCCACCUUAGCCGCACCUAUUAUGUCGAAUGUCCACCAACCUGGUAGUCAAAUGGCACUCCUCGGCGGAAUGGGCAAUAUGGGAUAUCCUCAGCAAAUGCCAGGACCAAUGUAUGGCAGUCAUCAUCCUCAACAGAUGCCUCAAAAUGACCGUCCAUUUAAAUGCGAUCAGUGUCCGCAAUCUUUCAACCGCAACCACGAUUUGAAACGUCAUAAGCGUAUUCAUUUAUCUGUGAAGCCAUUCCCAUGCGGUCAUUGCGAAAAGAGUUUCUCGAGAAAAGAUGCAUUAAAGAGACACAUACUCGUCAAAGGCUGCGGAACAAAGGCUGCAAAUGGAGCCGCGAAUGCCAAUGGAGGCUCUCAAUCGCCUGUCGAUAAAUCUGAAAUCUUAAGUGAUUCUACCAAUGACGAGAGCCCGGAGAUGGUAAAGAAGGAAUUGUCAUAAGAACGUGACAAUCUAUUCUCAUGACUUGUCGAUUUCUCUUCUUUUCUUUUGUUGAAUUGCAAAUUUCAACGAGAUGGCAAGCACACACUAUAAACGCAAACCGAUGUGCAAGCCUUGGGCGGAUGGGUAUUCAUUCGGCGCCUUGACACUAAAGGAUAUGGGCGUUCGGAAUCUAUCUGGAGGAUAUGGGGUUGGAUGGGAUGGGUAGGGAUGAGGGUGAUGUGGGAUAUAACUUACACUGUAUGGCUGGGCGGACAUCUCCUUUCGAAUAGGACAACACAGAACUCUAAGAAAGUUGAAGAUGAGGUUGGUGGCGUUGUUAUGUGAUUCUCUUUGAGCAUGUUCAUGAAACCUUGAGCAUUUUGACAAAUGUUUUUCUGUUUUUUUUUCUUCUUCUACAAAAAAAUGCCAGAAUCUGGGCCUGGGUGUGGAAUAUAGUAUCUUAUCAGAAUGGAUUUGUUUCGGAGUUGCGGAUUUGUCGAUUUUUCUGUACGACAUCUCGAUCUGGGCGGGAUGGAAAUGAAUGGGUACCUGGCUCCAAUGGGAUCGCAUUGGGAAGCGAAAUGCGAAAUGGAACCGGGGUGGAGCUUUGGCGUGGGAAUCGAUUCGGUAAAUACCUUUGAAUGCGUUUUGCUUGUAUGUUUAUCUUCUAUAUUCGAUUUGGGGGAUGGAGAGCGAAAAGCCUCUUUUCUUCCCUGGUUGACUCUUCUCUCUUCUUUAUAUCUCCUUGUCCUGUUGGGCGAUGAGUAUACGAUGUGGCGGAUAGCUGAUGGGUGUGGUGUGUCUUGCACUCUUGCUUGCGCGUCCAUGUUGCGGUUUGGGUUGAUCUAUGAUGUUAGCGGAAGGGUGGUUGGGUGGUUGGGUGAAGAACGACUUCGUGGAGUGGAGUAAGCUAGCUAGCGAUAUCAGAUUUUGAUCAUUUUAGUUUUGGGGCCUGAGAAUCUAUCAUAUUAUACCUAUCAUCAUAUUAUAUCACAUCACAUCACAUCACA